CUGAAAUCUUGAGACUUGUACUUUUUUUUUGCCAAAAAGCAGAUGAAAGGUCUCUCCUAUAGGCCAAAAAUUGGUAUGACACGGGAGUUGGCGGACUUGUACCGCGAGAUGAAUCGAGCAUUCAAGGCUUUCCUCGCCUCUGCCUCUGUACACCUCAACAUCAACGACCAUUUCCUGCCCAGCGAUCUGCGCAGUGCCUUUGGUAAACUCAAAACUUGUCGCUUGCUUACUAUUAGCGUUGUCCUACCGCCGCCGACGAAGUGUAAGACCUAUUCAAACUUCUUUAUCUUUACUAUAUCAAACUAUCAAACUGAAAUAGCUUGUCAGAUGUGCUACCGACAGCUGCGAUUCACCAAAAAUGCGGCAUGCGGUCAUCUCACAUUCGAAGGCGACACUUACAUUGAUUGUUUUGCACAAGACUGCAAGAUCAGUACCAAUCAUCCGUCCACGUGCGGAUCACCGGCGAAACCAUGCAAUUGCCGUCGGUAUUACAGUCAACCCCAGCGGCUGGUCACACUAGAAGUAUACCGCAUCCCUCAAUUUAAUUUUGGUCUGGUGUUGAUCCGUCAUGUUCACAGCGUCCGGGAACAUGUCCACACUGCCCAUCAUGACAAGAUGCAACUAAUCCAACAUACCUCACCGCUGGUCGUCUGACCUCAGUCUGUAUAUAUAUAUAUAUCAUGUCUUGGAUCACCUAAUAUUCUUCCAAUUAUUCAGUUAGUGUUCAUGUCUGCCACCCCAGUGGUUUCAAAAAUCCCCUUCCCUAGAAAUUAUAUCUUUACUAUGUAUAACUACACAUCCAACCCCAAUAACACGUCAUCA